UUUUCAACCCUUCUUUCCUAAACACACAACCCGUCAACUUCAAAGUCUUUAUGUGGGCUAUAAAUUUAGUGUCAGUCGUCCCACACCUCUAGUAACUCCAUACCAAAACUUCUAACUGUUGCUGCAUACAAAGAGAGCGAUGGUGGUUGCUGGACCUGCUAACGGCAGCAGCGGUGGGGGGGCAAACAUGAAGGGCUUCCCCCUCCAAGUCCUCACAGGGCGGUGGUUCAUGGUUUUCGCCUCAUUUCUGAUCAUGUCCGCCGCCGGUGCCACCUACAUGUUCGGCCUCUACUCCAAAGACAUCAAAUCAGUUCUGGGCUAUGACCAAACAACCCUCAAUUUGCUCAGCUUCUUCAAGGACUUGGGCGCUAACGUCGGUGUCCUGUCCGGCCUAAUCAAUGAGGUCACACCCCCGUGGGUGGUGCUAUCAAUAGGCGCAUUCCUCAACUUUUUCGGGUACUUCAUGAUAUGGUUGGCCGUAACAAAAAGAAUCGCAACACCCCAAGUUUGGCACAUGUGUUUGUACAUUUGCAUUGGGGCGAACUCGCAGUCUUUUGCCAACACUGGCUCGCUAGUUCCCUGCGUAAAGAACUUCCCUGAAAGCCGUGGCGUUGUGUUGGGGAUUUUGAAGGGAUAUGUGGGGCUUAGCGGCGCUAUAAUCACACAAAUCUUUCAUGCUAUCUAUGGCGAUGACACAAAGUCCCUGAUUUUGCUAAUUGGGUGGCUACCUGCUGCUGUAUCUUUGACUUUUCUUCGAACCAUUCGGUACAUGAAGGUCAUUCGGCAGCCCAACGAACUCAAAGUUUUCUACAAUUUCCUCUAUAUCUCACUCGGCCUUGCUGGGUUUUUGAUGAUUAUGAUUAUAGUACAAACAAAAGCUGAUUUCACAACGAGUGAGUAUGGUGGGAGCGCCGCGGCAGUGGUUAUCUUGCUCCUUCUCCCACUUGGUGUUGUUUUUGUCGAAGAGCACAAACUUUGGAAGAACAAGAAGGUACUAAAUAUGAAUUCCCCAGCGCCGGCGGCGCCCUUGAAAAUAAUCACUGAGAAGCCGAACCUAGACCAGUUGGCAGCUCCAUCAUCUUCUACAACAAAUUCACUCACGGAAAUAAGCACAGAAAAGCAAGUUUCUUGCUGGAAAACUGUGUUCAGCCCGCCGGUCAGAGGGGAUGACUAUACCAUACUCCAAGCGCUUUUUAGCGUGGACAUGUUAAUUCUUUUCAUGUCAACAAUUUGUGGCGUUGGGGGAACUUUAACGGCGAUAGACAAUUUGGGACAAAUUGGAUCUUCCUAUGGAUACCCAAAAAAGAGCAUAAGCACAUUCGUGUCGCUUGUAAGCAUUUGGAAUUAUCUCGGAAGGGUAGUCUCAGGAUUUGUCUCUGAAAUUGUUCUUCAAAAGUACAAAUUCCCUCGCCCCCUCAUCCUCACUCUCACCCUCCUAUUAUCAUGCGCCGGCCAUCUUCUCAUCGCAUUUAACGUCACCAACGGACUUUAUGUAGCGUCGGUUAUAAUUGGGUUUUGUUUCGGGGCACAAUGGCCGUUACUCUUCGCAAUAAUUUCGGAGCUUUUCGGCCUGAAGUACUACUCUACUCUGUACAAUUUUGGGUCGGUGGCCAGCCCAAUUGGCCUGUAUUUGCUCAACGUGAGGGUCACCGGACACUUAUAUGAUAAGGAGGCUGAGAAGCAAAUGGCAGCGUUGGGACUCAAAAGGGUGUCUGGGAAGGAGUUGACUUGUACCGGGGGAGAGUGUUUCAAGCUGUCUUUCAUUAUAAUUACUGCAGUGACUCUGUUUGGCGCACUUGUUUCACUCAUUUUGGUGGUCCGGACAAAUAAGUUUUAUAAGAGUGACAUUUAUAAGAAGUUCCGGGAGCAGGCUAAGGAAGCCGAGACUGAGAUGGCAACGGCCGGAAAUGGUGCUGGACCAGCGGAGGCCAAAGGUGGCUAGAUAGUAGAUAUUGAUUGAUCGGAUACAGUUUUAGAGAAAGCAAACGAAAAUGAUAGAUUUAUAGGUACAAUAUUUGAUCUGUUUUCUUUGGUUUUCUUGUUAUUGUAUAUUUCCUAAUUUUUCUCUAAAUAGUAAACGACCCACCAAUUAGUCUUUUCC